GACCGUCCCGGACCACGAGAGUGCGAGAGGAGAGAUCGGAACACUCGACACAACGUCGCGCACCGUCGAACGCGACUGACUGCUUCCACUCCGGAUUUACGAUCGUUCCGCAUAUUAUCCGACGUGACCGUCGUCGCCGGAGCAACGAACGAGUAACGCGCGCCUUUAUUUCACCCACCUCGCCCGCACGCGUCUCCGCCUAAGUUUGACGUUCCCGUAACCCGCAAACCGAAAAUCAUCCGACCAAUUUUCAUCGUUCAUUCAUGGACUUAUCGCUACGGGAUAGCAUUAUCAUUAUCGCUGUUUAAUAUUUCUCAUUCUCGAUUCAUUGUUCAAAGUCUUUCGCUGCACAGUGCGCGAGUGUAAACCGUAGAUAAAAGUGUCGUUGAAAUUCAGAGAUUUUUGUUUUUCGUUUCUAAAUUUUUUUUUUUUUUUUUAUUUUUUUAUUUUUUCUUCUCAUCUUCCACCGAUAUCGAUAAGAGUACCACGUGUUCGAGUAUUUUGUUGACGAAAAGUUAAAACAAAAAAUAAAAUAAAAACAACCGAACUUGACAGCUCACGUGGUUUUUGGUUUUGCAUAUUAAAUCGUUUCGUGCAGGUUAAACAAGAUGUAUUUCUGGCAAGGGCAAUUAAUCGUCCGUAAAAUCAUAAAACAAUAAAAGAGAAGAGGAUUAAUUCGUUGUAAAAUUUUACAAAAAAUAAAGAAAAGUUUGAUGUAGCGUGUUACGUGGAUGUGAACGGUCGAAAAUCGUUCGGUUAGUUGCUAUUUGUUGGUUGGUUGUUGUGUGGUGAUGAUCAUCUACUGUGAUAAUACACGCUUUCGUGGGAAGUACAAUAAAACAAUGAAUUUUUUUUCUCUUUUACAUUUCUUUUCCACGAAUGCUUGAGACGUUUGUUAACACUAUCUCGAAUAGUUUUAUAUCAGUAGCUAAUAAUACACACAAACAUCAAGGGCACGCCGUGGACGUUAGAGUUUGAUAAAUGAUAUCGAAUUAAAGCACGUGUGAUAUCUGCAUGAGGCCUAAUUGCCCGUAGAAAAUUCUUCUAUUCUCAUUUAACACUGAACAAAAAAGCAAAAAACAAAACAACAAUAAAAAUCAAACGAAGAAACGUAUAGCAAACUCUCAAUCAUGCAACAAGAUGAUUUUUUCUAAUCAUCACGAUGCACCGUGAUAUCGAUCAAUUCUUCUCCAUGGAUCGUGGUAAUUUUAUCAAACUGUCGUACGUACUUUAGUGUAUCGUCACGUUCUUAAGACCGGAGAGUUUUGUUCGAAAUAAGAAAAAAAAAAAAGAAGAACGGAACUCAAAGCUUGUGCCGACCAUCGAUCGAAGAUAGAGACGCUAUGAUUCGGGCGAACCGGUAGGGAAUGUGUCGGAAGACGAGACGUUAAAAUUGUGACGAACCGAGUGCGAUAAACUCUGAGAGAAGUGAAACGAACUUUGUAAUCGGCGUCGAUCGUCGGUAACGCCUGUAAUACACUCGGAAUUUGAGGUGAUUAAAUCGGGAGAUCGAAGAUUCCUGGUGAACUGUUUCGAUGCAUCUUCCGGUGGGUUCGGUAAGCUGCGGGGAGAAUUUCACCGGGACGCAAGAAAGUAUAAGUAGUGGGUCAGGGGACCGUGGUGAGUUAACGGGAUCUUCGCUGCCAGCACCCCUGCAAGGGGGUGGCUUAGGGUACCAAGGAGGUGGAGGUGAAAUGAGCGAAGCCGCAGCCGUUGGCGAACUCUGGUGGACGGAGAGGCUCGUCGGUGAAGCGCAAGCCGAACACCCCGGGGAACUUGUCAGAACGGGGUCACCUUAUUUCCUGUGCAGUCAUUUACCGACGCAUUGGAGAUCGAACAAAACCUUACCGGUCGCAUUCAAGGUGGUGGCACUCGGGGACGUUAGCGACGGCACUAAGGUCACUGUACGAGCUGGAAACGACGAGAAUUGCUGCGCCGAGUUGAGGAAUUGUGAAGCACUAAUGAAAAACCAGAUAGCCAAAUUCAACGACCUAAGAUUCGUCGGCAGGAGUGGAAGAGGCAAAAGCUUCAGUAUCACCAUAACCGUAUCCACGACACCACCCCAGGUGGCGACCGUCUCAAGAGCGAUCAAAGUCACCGUCGAUGGCCCCAGAGAACCGCGAUCGAAGACCAUUGACUUAGGGCAACCGCAGCAAUUCGGAGCCCUGAGAUUGGGGCAACGGCCCUACAUAGAAUCCGGACCUCCGUUCGGCAGCCACCUUCGAGAACUGGAGUACAGGGGCAAAAGCAAAUUCCAUCAUCAGCACCAUCACCAUCCUCAUCACCAAGGCCCCAACGCGACAUCUCCUCUCUCCGUGGCGACGUCCGCUCAUAUCACGGGAUCCGCGGGAUCCUCAGCUCCCGCUGGUCAAGGAAACAACGCCCAGCAAGCCUGCUACAAGCAGAGUCCUCCGCAUGGCGAUACAGGCACGGGUACAACGGACUGGACGUAUCCAUCAACGGCGACGGGUUAUCCCGCGGGAAGUAGUAGCUCGUAUUCCCCGAUUUUUUCCUACCCUGGGGAGUCGCUAUCGCAUCACCCAACGACGGAACCCGUUUCGUUACCCACCGUAAUAACGGAUAGUCCCCAAGACAACUACACCCCGAACUGUAUGUCGGUUUAUCCGCACGGUCCGGCAGCAACGCUUCCUUUGGUACCGGCCAAAUCUUCGGAGCUCGAAGUCCUGGGAAAUAACGGUAGCAGCGGUGGAGGGGGAGGAGGUAGCGGCGGCGGCGGAAGUCCUGGUUACCACAGUUACAGCACUUGGACCAGUCCGGCGGCUUCGGUUUCCUCGCACAAUUACAACCCUAAUUAUUCAGGAUACUUUAACAACCCGACGCACAAUUCCAUAAACCCUGCAUCGAUGCUUUGGUACCCCCAUCAAGUAUACAGUACCGUAAACCAAAAUCAAAUACACGUUCAUUUGCACAGCGGUGAUCUUAACGACGAACAAGUUACCAUAGCUGGUGGCGUGAGUAUCAGCAAUAACAGGCUCGAAAUCGAAGUUUUAGGAGAAGAAAGCGAACAAAGAAACGACGUUUGGAGACCUUUUGUUCCUCCCAAUAAUCCGGUUCAUCACCAGUUUUGACGCAUGGAUCAAAUUUAUUGAGGAAGUAAGAAAAUCAUUUUUUUGCAGUUUACUUUUGAAAGCUUCGAUUCGAACACCUCGUUCAACUGUUCGGUUUCAAUGUAUCUUUGCGUUAAUCGAAUAGUGUUGACAACAAAACAAUUUGUUUGGUUUACACGAAGGUAAAUUUAACGGCCGGUUAUUUGCUCAAACAUUUCUCCGUUGUGCUCUAAUAUUAUACCUACAUUAUAUUUGGUGAGAUCGAAAUUUUAUAGAUACCGGAACUAUAAUUUUCUUAAUUAUUGUGAAACGAAUUGAUUUUUGCCCGUGAAACAUCAAGAGUUGUUGAUGAUAUGUAUAUUAUAUCGAUCCGAAGUGUGAAUUUCGCUAGCCGAUUAAAUAAUUAGCGUAUAACGGAUGGCGUUGAGAUCUCAUUAAUUAAAAUUAGACGCAAAUGACAAAUCAUAGAAUGGAUAUAUAUUGUAUCAGAAUAUAUCAGUUUAUGAAAAUGUUAGAUGUUACAUUUUAAAGAAACAUCAUUGGUUGUACAACAGAGUUGUGAACUCAUAAUUAUUAAGCUCGAAGAAAUAUGUACUAUAAUUAUAAAUAUAUAUAUCUAUUAUAGAAAUAUAUUAUGAAUAAAUUAGGUUCAUUAUGCAUAUAUGUACUUACAUUAUAUGCAUAAUUAUUAAUUUUAGAAUAAAACAAUUUUAUUAAUGCAUAAUUUUUGUGUAAAUAUAUGCAAUAUUUUCCAUAAAUAAAAUCUUGCCGAAUUUGUUCCUAUCGCAUUAUCUUUCAUUACGUUGACCGAAAUUUUUUUAUUCAUUCUCAUGAACCGGGUUAAAGGAUGUCCAUCUCACACCUGAAACUCGAGGCUAUUCUUCAUUUUUCCACAAUAAUUCCUUAAUAUCAAG